UGAUCACUAUUCUCACCGCGAUUUUUGUCAUUUUCAUCCUCCUAAUGCUGGUGAGACUGUUUCAGCAGAGAGACAUUCCACCUGGGCCGUGGGGAUUCCCAAUUGUGGGCUCUCUGCUCGCCCUCGACAGCCAAAAGCCGCAUGUCAGCCUCACGAAGAUGUCUGAGAAGUACGGAAAGAUCUUUGGUUUGCAUUUGGGGUCAAUUUACACGGUGGUUCUGGCCGAUUCGACGCUCAUUCGCGACGUUCUGCGCCGAGAUGAGUUCACUGGAAGAGCACCCUUGUACCUCACUCACGGCAUUAUGGGUGGUUAUGGUCUCAUCUGCUCUGAGGGCAAUUUGUGGCGAGAGCAUCGCAAAAUGGCCAUUAAUUGGCUCAAAAUGCUCGGCAUGUCGAAAUACAAUGAGAAUCGGAACAGUCUCGAGACUAGAAUCGUCAAUGGUGUCAACGGAAUGAUAAUGGAAAUGGAUGGACUUAUUGGGCGUGAGAUGGACUUGAUGCCGAUUCUGCAUCACCAUUUGGGGAAUAUCUUGAAUGACUUGAUCUUUGGCAUCAAGUACUCGAGCGAUGAUUCGACCUGGAGAUAUUUACAGCACCUCCAAGAGGAGGGCGUGAAGCACAUAGGAGUGUCAGGCUGCGUUAAUUUUCUGCCUCUCCUGCGAUAUGUUCCUACCUUCAGGCGCAGGAUAAAGUUUCUGCUCGAAGGGAAGGCAAAGACGCACACAAUUUACAGUGAUUUGAUAGCAAAGGCAUGCAAGGAAGGACGAAAAGAUAACAUUCUGGGACUGUAUUUGCAAGAAAAGACCAGGAAAAGCACUCCAAUUGGUGAUGAUGAUGAGAAGUGCUGGAGUGAUCAACAAUUGAAACAUGUUUUGGCUGAUUUGUUUGGGGCUGGACUUGAUACAACAACUUCUACCAUUAGAUGGAUUCUUCUCUACAUCUCAAAAAAUUCUGCUGUACAGAGAAAUAUCCAUGAAGAAAUGGCCAAGAAGUUGACAACUCCUCCAAGGUUGGAGCACUACGACAAUCUGCCCUACUUGAGAGCGUGCAUUGCCGAAGGCCAAAGAAUCCGAUCAGUGGUGCCCGUGGGAAUUCCUCAUGGAACCAAGGAAGAGACGAGAAUUGACGGUUACAGGAUUCCCAAGGGAGCCAUGAUCUUGCCAUUGCAAUGGGCAGUUCAUAUGAACCCUCACAUUUGGACCGAUCCCGAUUCCUUCUCUCCUUCGCGCUUCAUUGACGAGAAUGGCAUCUUCCGGGCUUCGCAGCAUCUCAUUCCUUUCCAGACCGGGAAGAGAAUCUGCUUAGGCGAGGAGCUAGCAAGGAUGAUUAUGUUUCUUGUCCUAGGAAACCUCCUCUAUCACUACGAAUUGUCAUUGGCUGAUGAGGUGAACUUGAAUGGAACAUGCGGAAUAACUUUGACACCGCCUGCUCACAAAAUUACUGUCACCCGACGAACAACUUAAGGCAAGUUUACUCUGUUACUCUCUUUACUAUACAACAGAGGUGUCUUCAGGGCAAAUAAGAACAAGGACACAUUUUCAUGUUGAAUUAGCGACAAAAUAGUUCGUGUCGUUUUUAAACCCAGUCAUUCACGCGAUUACACUACCUGUCCAAAUUUAAUUUGUGAACUCCACAAUCUAUCAUGUUUUACGGCAUUGUGUGUUGACAGUGAAAGGCAUUUUGGUAUAUUAUAUUUUUAUUGUGAAUUUUCAUGCAAUAAAAAAUAAUAAAAGAAAUUGUCAGGAAUGCUACAAUGUUGUCAACACAAUUUGGCAUUCAUCUGGAAUGAUUAAAACAUAAUUCACUAUGAAAUAGCACAAUUAAAGAUCUAACACCUAAAAUCUACGGAAAAACUCUUUUUGUUUUAUAAAUUAAAAAAAAAUGUUGUACACAAAAUAAGUUUGU